AUGGCACCCCCAUCCUCACGAGCCGAAGUCCUCUCCCAUCUCAGGAACCAGAUCAAGAAUGGCAAGCCGAUCGUCGGGGCAGGCGCAGGCAUCGGCUUAUCGGCCAAGUUCAUCGAGGCUGGCGGCGGCGAUCUGAUCAUCAUCUACAACUCGGGUCGCUUUCGAAUGGCUGGGAGGGGCUCGCUUGCGGGCCUCAUGCCAUACGGAGACGCCAAUGCCGUCGUCGUCGACAUGGCGAGGGAGGUCCUUCCCGUAGUCAACAAAACCGGAGUCCUGGCUGGUGUCUGUGCCUCGGACCCAUUCCGCAUAAUACCCUCAUUCCUCCAGGAACUGAAAAGCAUGGGAUUCUGCGGUGUUCAGAACUUCCCCACCGUCGGUCUCAUCGACGGCACCUUCCGAGCAAAUCUCGAGGAAACGGGCAUGGGGUUCGACAAGGAGGUUGCGAUGAUUGCGGAAGCCCACAAACUCGACCUCCUCACCACGCCCUAUGCCUUCAACGUCGAUGAAGCUGAACAGAUGACCAAGGCCGGCGCGGACGUGUUGGUGUGCCACAUGGGCUUGACCACUUCCGGAAGUAUAGGUGCAAAGACUGGAAAGACCUUGGAUGACUGUGUCCAGUUGAUUCAGGAGAUGAGGGACGCCGCGACCAAGAUCAAUCCCGAAAUCAUUAUUCUCUGUCACGGGGGCCCCAUAGCUGAGCCCAAGGAUGCAGAAUAUGUGCUCAGCCGUGUCAAGGGAAUUCAUGGCUUCUAUGGUGCAAGUAGCAUGGAGAGAUUACCCGUGGAAAUCGCCAUUACGAAUACGACCCAGGAGUUCAAGAGUUUGAAGAUCAGCCAGUGA